AUGGCGCUCCUCAAUCCUCUCUACGCCUGCGUCGUGCCCUUGCUCCUCAUCACCACCAUCCCGCUCGCCAUCUUCGCCGGCAUCACCACCACCUUUGCCUUCUCCAUCCUCAUCUUCCGCGUCUUCGUCGUCUACCUCGACAUCGCCCUCUCUCUCGUGUCGCAAUCCCUCGCCCACCUCGCCGAGAGCAGCAGCGGCUUCAUCACCAGCAGCAAAAACUCCCAUCUUCGGCCCCUACGGACGCCAUCGUCGUCGUCCUCCAUCGGCAGCCGCGCCAACAGCGUCAGCCCGUCCGCCUCGUCCACGCUGCUCAAGAGGCACCGCCGCCGCCGGCCCAGCUCGUCCGUCUACUCCGGCACCGCCACGCCCGCCAGCGACAUUGGCCUCGGCCUCAUCCCCAGCGUCGGCGCCGAGCGAGACUUUGAGGGCGUUGGCGGCUGGCGCCUUGGAGACGACGACGACAACGACGCCUGGACCACCAUCAAUUGUCGCUCCGAGCUGCUGCACGACCGGUCGCACGACAGGCAUCACCGGCGCACCGCAUCCGGCGGCCCGACCAGCAGGUCGCCCGAGAGCGGCUUUCUCAUGAUGAAGGGCCGCACCCGGAGCCCCGAGAAGAUGCUCCUGACGACGCCGUCGCCAAACAGCUCCAGGGUCCGGGCACCGUCGGCAGCGCCGCGUCUUGGGUCGGGCAACAAUCACAGCGAUGGAUAUUUUCCUCUCAUGACAUACUCCAAAGCAGUCAAAAGGAAUCUCCCGUAA